AACAUAGAGACUCUAUACUCUAUCGUCUAUAAAAGUAGCUCCCCCUCCCUUUUCAAACUCACCUCACUCCACACACACUUGACACUACCCAUUUUUUCCUCAUGGAUAUUUAUUUCCUCCGGAAAAUCCUAGUCAGCAUACUGGCGGCAGCCGCCGCCGCCGCCCUCAUCUCCUGGCUCCGCGGCCGCCGCCUCCGCCUCCCUCCGGGCCCAUUUUCCCUCCCGUUUUUCGGCAGCUGGCUCCACAUCGGCAACAACCUCGACCACCACGACCUCACCCGCUACUCCCGAACCCUCGGCAACAUUUUUCUCCUCCGCAUGGGCACCCGCCGUAUAGCCGUGGUCUCCUCUCAAGAUCUCGCCAAAGAGGUCCUCCUCACCCGCGGCAAGGAGUUCGGCUCCCGGUCCCGAAACAUCGUGUUCGACAUCUUCACGGGUAAAGGUCAGGACAUGGUUUUCGCGGAGUACGGGGAGCACUGGCGGAAGAUGCGGAGGAUCGUGACCCUGCCUUUCUUCACGGCCCGUGUGGUGCAGGAGCACCGCCGGAGUUGGGAGGCGGAGGCGGCGGCUUUGGUGGAGGAGGCGAGGCGGGACCCAGCGGCGGCUGGUGGUGAAGGGGUGGUGUUGAGGAGGCGAAUCGAGCUUAUGGUUUAUAAUAACGUUUACGGGAUUAUGUUCGGGAGGAAGUUCGAGGGUUUGGAGGAUCCUCUGUUUUUGAGGUUGAAAGGGGUGAAUGGGGAGAGGAGUAGGCUUGGGCAGAGCUUGGAGUAUAAUUUCGGCGAUUUUGUCCCGGUUUUGAGGCCGUUUUUGAGGGGGUAUUUGAAGGUUUGUCGGGAGGUGACGGGGAGGAGGUUGAGUCUUUACCGGGACAAGUUUCUUGCCGAGAGGAAGAAAAUUGCGUCUGCGGAAGGGACGGACAAAAACGAAGUGAAAUGCGGCGUGGAUCACUUUCUCGAAGCGCAGAAGAAUGGAGAGAUCAACGAAGACCAUCUCCUUUACAUUGUCGAGAACAUGAAUGUUGCCGCAAUAGAGACCACGGUUUGGGCGCUCGAGUGGGCCAUCGCCGAACUAAUCAACAACCCGAAAAUCCAGAGCAAGCUCCGGGCCGAGCUCGACUCAAUCCUCGGGCCGGGAAUCCAAGUAACCGAGCCCGACACCCACAAGCUCCCUUACCUCCAAGCCGUGAUCAAAGAAACCCUACGCCUCCGGAUGAUAGUCCCGUGCCUCGUCCCGCACAUGAACCUCAAGCAAGAAAAGCUCGGGGGUUACGACAUACCGGCCGAGAGCAGGAUUUACGUGAACGCGUGGUGGCUUGCCAACGACCCGGCCCAUUGGAAAAAGCCCGACGAGUUUAGGCCCGAAAGGUUCUUGGAGGAAGAGUCUAAGGUGGAUGUGAUAGGGAAUGAUCUCAAGUACAUCCCGUUUGGGGUCGGGAGGAGGAGCUGCCCUGGGAUUGUGAUGGCUAUGCCUGUCGUGGGCAUAACCUUGGGAAGGCUCGUGCAGAAUUUCGAGCUUUUGCCGCCGCCCGGGCAGGAGAAGAUCGACAUGACCGAGAACAACGGGCAGUUUGCGACUCGGAUAAAGACACAUUACCGGGUUGUGAUGAAGCCGAGGUCGUUUGAUUGAAUAUCGAGUACUUUUUGAGUUUGUUGGAAUAAAAAUGUGUAGUAUGAGAAAUGGAUUGGAUUUCAUAUACUGUAUUUUGGUCCUCGCUCAAGUUAUCAACUACACUCUGUAUUUCCUGAUUACUGCAGUUUUAUCUUUGUUUGAUCAAUAAAAUCAUCUGCAUUGUAUUUGUAUUGUAUGCUGGUUAUGGUAUUUGUUCUUUUGUUUCUGUUUACUUGAAUUUGUAAGGGAAAUGUUGCGAUUCAG